AUGCUGCCUAAGAAAUCGCCCGCCCUCCUUUUGUCCUACGCCAAUGCCUUCACGCCCCUCUACUGCACCCACGCCGCCUCGCCACACUCAUGUCGUCAUACAUCGCCAAAACCGCAGCACACGACACAGUGCCGGACCUAUGCACAACACGUCGACAGCAAUGAUGCAGACCUGCUCAGCUGGCCUGAGCCCAUCCGCCCGCAUACCACACCAACCCCGUAUCAGAUCCUGAACUGCAAGAAGGGCGAUGCAUACAAAAAGAACCGCUACUACGCCCUCGUCAAACUCUACCAUCCGGACCGCUGCCACCCCGGCUCCUCCACACACCACCUCCCCCUCGCCGUCCGUCUAGAACGGUACCGCAUGCUCGUCGCCGCUCACGACAUCCUCUCUGACGCCGAGAAGCGGAAAGCGUACGAUGCGUGGGGCGCCGGCUGGGCCGGUCACCAUCGCACACCCACGUCUUCAGGCCAUUCGCACAAUCCGUACGACUGGGAGUUCGAUAGAAACAGGUGGAAUACCGAUCCUCGCAGCAAUGCCACAUGGGAAGACUGGGAGCGCUGGUACAGCGAGAACGACCCCGAGCACCCACAAAAAGAACGCGCAAUACAAAUGUCGAACUUCACGUUCAUGUCGCUGCUCUUUGCAUUUGUAGCAAUCGGCGGUGUGAUGCAGGGCACGCGGUUCAAUGGUUUCCACAACAGCGUCGUCGAGCGGAGAGACCAGGUGCACAGGGAGGCCAGCAGCGUGUAUCAGCGGAGUCGACACGCUACUAUGAGCGGAGACCGAGAUGAGAGGAUACGCACGUUUUUGGAGCACCGGGAGACGAAUUUGGCGGGCGAGGAGAGCUACCGUAGGUUGUUGCCGCCGAGCGAAAAUUGCGCGCCGAAUGAAAUGAGACGGCAGUGA